UACUUUUUGACUUGGAGGAGAGGUGAUUCGAAUUGGGAUCUCUUCUCAGGAGAGAUAUAUGCCGAGUGUUAGUGUUACCAGACCAACCUCAAAUACUAGACUUAGCCGUGUAUGAUCAGUCAACUGCGUUGGCCCACGACUUGGGAUUUUGUUUUUUUAUGUUUUGAUGUUGAUAGGCAUGGAGCUCUGGACUCUAGUCACAAACAAUGGCUUCUAUCUAUGCUGAGACACAAAGUGAGGUGAAGUGAAUCUCUCACAUGGGUUGUUUUCACUCCAAGACCACCCACUUUCACUCACCAGACGACCCUUCUUCUCAGUCCGACCCAGCAAAUGGGAUUCCAGUUGAGGAAGAGGAUCGAUCUCCGGUCUUUAAAGAGUAUGGUCUUAACGAGCUUCGAAAGGCCACAAAUGGGUUCGGCUCCGACUAUAUUGUCUCCGAGAGCGGUGAGAAAGCUCCCAAUGUGGUUUACAGAGGAAAGCUUCAGAACAAUCGUCUGGUUGCGGUUAAACGCUUCUCCAAGCAGUCAUGGCCCGACGCUCAUCAGUUCGUGGUCGAGGCAGCAGGAGUGGGGAAGGUGAGGCAUGAGAGAUUGGUGAAUCUGAUCGGUUGCUGUGCUGAAGAUGAUGAACGACUUUUGGUAGCUGAGUACAUGCCCAAUGAUACUUUGUCCAAGCAACUCUUUCAUUGGGACAAGCAACCAUUGCCAUGGGAAAUGAGAGUUAGAGUUGCUUACUAUAUUGCUCAGGCCCUUGACCAUUGCAACGCAGUAAACCAGAAGAUUUAUCAUGAUCUAAAUGCUUAUAGAAUACUAUUUGAUGAGGAUGGUGGCCCUCGUUUGUCUAGUUUUGGCCUCAUGAAAAAUAGUCGAGAUGGUAAAAGCUACAGUACUAAUUUAGCUUAUACUCCACCUGAGUUUGUACGCACAGGCAGGGUCAUCCCAGAGAGUGUCAUCUACAGUUAUGGAACUGUUCUGUUAGAUCUUUUGAGUGGAAAGCAUAUUCCUCCAAGCCAUGCAUUGGACAUAAUAAGAGGGAAAAGUGUACUGUCUUUAAUGGAUUCAUCAUUGGAAGGACAGUAUGAGAAUGAUGAUGCAACUAAUUUGGUUGAGCUUGCUUCAAAAUGUCUUCAGUCCGAGGCUAGGAACAGACCUGAUACUAAGUUUCUUCUCACAGCAGUGGGACCACUUCAAAAGCAGAAAGAGGUGGCUUCUCAUGUUCUAAUGGGCCUACCUAAAUAUAUGGUUGUGCUGCAAACUAUGCUAUCUCCCCUUGGGCAGGCUUGCACAAGGAUGGAUCUAACUGCCAUUCAUGAUAUUUUGCUCAAAACAGGCUAUAAAGAUGAAGAAGGGGCAGAAAAUGAGCUUUCAUUCCAAGAAUGGACACAACAAGUGCAAGAUAUGGUGAACACCAAGAAGUUUGGGGAUAUAGCUUUCAGGGACAAGGAUUUCAAGAGUGCAAUCGAGUAUUAUUCAAAGUUAGUAGCUAUGAUGGCUGCGCCUUCAGCUACUGUCUUUGCUAGAAGAGCUUUCUCAUACUUGAUGAACGAUCAAGCAGAACUUGCCUUGAGAGACGCCAUGCAGGCCCAAGUGUGCAUACCCGAGUGGCCAACUGCAUUCUACUUGCAGGCUCUGGCACUGUCGAAGCUCGGAAUGGAGACUGAUGCUCAGGAUAUGCUCAACGAUGGAGCAUCCUUCGAAACUAAGAGGCAGAACAACUGGCGAAGCUAAAAUUAAGUCUUGUGACCAAACAGGUCCCUCCUUCUCAUUAACUAUGUUGAUUGAAAUAGGAAAUGAAGUAGAGAAAAAUGAAAUGCGAGUAAUAGAGGUUUUCUUGAGAAAAUUAUGCUAAACAUCUUGUUGUCUAUAUACUUAUAUAUACAACGUAGUAAGUAGUAACAGGCUUGAGCUAUGUAUAAUGGACUCAUCUACGGAUGCAGUUGUUAAAUAUUAUGUUUGUAUUAGUUGAUUUCUUUGAAAUAUCACA